CUCAAUGGCAACGACCCCGAAACAUGCAACAUGGCAGCAGCCAUGGAAACUGAACAGCCGGGCCUCGAGAUCUUUGAAACUGCGGGCAGAGAGGAGCAGGUCCAGAGGGAGGAGCAGCCCAAACUGGAACCUUUCUAUGUAGAGAGACAUUCCUGGAGCCAGCUUCGGAAACUGCUCACAGACACACGGAAGUAUCAUGGCUACAUGAUGGCAAAAGCCCCUCAUGACUUCACGUUUGUGAAGAAAAACGAUCCUGAAGGACCUCAUUCCGAUAGGAUCUACUAUCUGGCAAUGUCUGGUGAGAACAGGGAGAACACGCUCUUCUACUCUGAGAUUCCCAAAACCAUAAACAAAGCUGCAGCUCUGUUGCUUUCCUGGAAGCCUCUUCUGGAUCUUUUUCCGGCCAUCCUGGACUAUGGGAUGUACUCUCGUGAAGAGGAGUUGCUGCGGGAGAGGAAGCGGAUUGGCACCAUAGGGAUCGCCUCUUAUGAUUACCACCGGGAAAGCGGCACCUUCCUGUUCCAGGCAGGGAGUGGAAUUUAUCAUGUAAAAGAUGGAGGCCCUCAUGGAUUCACUCAACAGCCUUUAAGACCUAUUCUGGUAGAGACCAGUUGUCCAAAUAUCCGCAUGGAUCCCAAGCUUUGUCCAGCUGAUCCAAAUUGGAUUGCAUUUAUCCACAGCAACGACAUCUGGGUAUCUAAUAUAGAAACAAGAGAAGAAAGGAGGCUAACGUUUGUGCACCAUGAGCUGGCAAAUGUUGAGGAUGAUCCAAAAUCUGCUGGUGUGGCAACUUUUGUGCUGCAGGAGGAGUUUGACAGAUACACUGGCUAUUGGUGGAGCCCAAAGGCACAGCCAACACUGAAUGGGGGGAAAAUUCUUCGAAUUCUUUAUGAAGAAAAUGAUGAGUCAGAGGUGGAAAUUAUUCAUGUCACAUCACCCAUGCUGGAGACAAGAAGAACAGAUUCCUUCCGGUACCCCAAAACUGGUACAGCAAAUCCAAAGGUCACUUUCAAGCUCUCAGAAGUGACAAUCAAUGCGGAAGGCAGAAUUGCAGAUGUUGUGGAUAAAGAGCUAGUUCAGCCGUUCGAGAUCCUCUUUGAAGGAGUAGAGUACAUUGCUAGAGCUGGGUGGACGCCAGAAGGAAAAUACAUCUGGUCCAUCUUACUGGAUCGCUCCCAAACUCGACUUCAGAUCGUCUUGAUCCCUCCUGCAUUAUUCAUCCCUACAGAAGAUGAUGCAAUGGAAAGACAGAAACUUAUCGAUGCUGUACCGGAUUCUGUUACACCUUUCAUUAUUUAUGAAGAAACAACAGACAUCUGGAUAAAUAUCCAUGAUAUCUUCUAUGUCUUCCCUCAAACCCAUGAAGAUGAGAUAGAGUUCAUUUUUGCCACCGAGUGUAAAACGGGAUUCCGGCACCUUUACAAAGUCACCUCCGUUUUGAAGGAGAGCAAAUAUAAGCGGUCGUGUGGAGGCCUCCCUGCUCCAAGUGACUUCAAGUGCCUCAUCAAAGAGGAGAUAGCGAUUACCAGUGGGGAAUGGGAAGUGCUUGGCAGGCAUGGAUCCAAUAUCUAUGUUGAUGAAGCCAAAAAACUGGUGUACUUCCAAGGCACAAAAGACUCGCCUUUAGAGCAUCACUUGUACGUUGUUAGCUACGAGAAUCCAGGAGAAAUAAAGCGGCUGACGGAACGCGGUUACUCUCACGCUUGCUGUGUUAGCCAGGACUGUGACAUGUUCAUCAGCAAGUACAGUAAUCAGAAGAACCCGCACUGUGUGUCACUUUAUCGCCUGACAGGACCUGAAGAUGGUGCAGCCCACAGGACAAAGGAGUUCUGGGCUACCAUUUUAGAUUCAGCAGGCCCUCUUCCUGAUUACAUUCCCCCAGAAGUGUUCUCCUUCGAGAGCUCCACAGGGUUUACACUCUAUGGGAUGAUGUACAAACCUCACAACCUGCAACCUGGAAAGAAGUACCCCACUGUGCUCUUCAUCUAUGGAGGUCCUCAGGUACAGCUUGUGAACAAUCGGUUCAAAGGAAUCAAGUAUUUCCGUUUGAACACUUUGGCCUCUUUAGGCUAUGUUGUUGUUGUCAUUGACAACAGGGGGUCCUGCCACCGAGGCUUGAAGUUUGAAGGAGCCUUUAAAUACAAAAUGGGACAAAUAGAAAUUGAUGACCAAGUGGAGGGGCUGCAGUAUUUGGCAUCACAGCAUGACUUCAUUGAUUUGGAUCGUGUUGGCAUUCAUGGCUGGUCCUACGGAGGCUACCUCUCUCUUAUGGCUUUAAUGCAGAGGUCAGAUAUCUUCAGGGUUGCCAUUGCUGGAGCACCCGUCACGCUGUGGAUUUUCUAUGACACUGGUUACACAGAGCGCUACAUGGGCCACCCGGAUCACAACGAGCAGGGCUAUUACCUAGGCUCAGUGGCCAUGCAGGCGGAGAAGUUUCCUUCUGAACCGAACCGUUUGCUGCUGCUACAUGGAUUCUUGGAUGAGAAUGUUCACUUUGCACACACUAGUAUUCUGCUCAGUUUCUUGGUGAGAGCUGGGAAACCAUAUGAUUUACAGAUCUACCCUCAGGAGAGACAUAGCAUAAGGGUGCCCGAGUCGGGAGAGCACUAUGAACUCCACCUCCUGUAUUACCUGCAAGAGAACCUGGGCUCUCAUAUUGCUGCCCUGAAGGCAAUGUAACUGACCUCUGCAGAACUCUGCUCCACUGGCUGCUUCACCAGACAAGGAGACAUAGGAAACUAGAGAAAGUAGGAUGGAAUAUUGCAUUCUGGUGCCUGCCACAUGUACACACACGUACACACACAGACACUUUUUUAAGAGCAAAUUUGGUGCCAUACAGGAAAUGAAAGUCCAGUGACCUGAUAACUUGAAAGCUUAAGCUGGAAAUAAAAGCAAACGUCUGGGGCAUGACACAGUAUCAUGAGUGUUCUCUUGGGGGAGGAGCUGAAGCUGAAACCAACGUACUUCUACAGCACCAGAUCUUCACUUUUUAAAAGAAUUAUGACACAAUUGAUGUAUUUUUACAGUGUGUUCCUUGGUAUCUUAUUACAUAAUACUGGAUGAUUUACUCAGUACCCAGCAAGGGUUUACGUGAAUGGUUCCAACUUGUAUUACAUUUUAAAUGCUAUCAUAUAGCUUUUAUGCUUCGUGACAGGGAUGUGUCCCACUCCUUAGAAGCUGGUCACAAGGUAGACGCAUCACCUGUCCAGAUGUUAAUUGUUUUUUAAGAAGAAAGACUUCUAAGCUGCUUCCUAAGGAAUUGAAUUUCUGGAUUCAGUUCAGCUGAUGCCAGGUUCUUUUCAAUGAUUUCUUCUCUCCCCAGGAUAAAUCAUACUCUUCUUUCAGCAGCUUGAAAUCCUAUCCUGAUCGUACUUGAUUUCAGUGGGGAAGUGAAAAGAUAUUUUACUGUGAUACGGGCAUAACAAUCUUUUAUUCUGACAUGCAAACUAACGUAAGUCAAAGAGCUGAAACUCUGUACAUUUUAAAAUAAGCUUAAAAGUGCAGCUCAUUUCUCACUGACAUUUUCCCUGGGGCUGGUUUUGUAAUACUGUUUCUUCCCAUCACGUCAGCAUGAUAUAGGUAUAUGCAUCCUGUUACAAUUUUAAAACUCAGUACUCUCAUUCAAAGGUCUACAGAGGAUUUGGGGAGGAGAGACCUUGUGAACACUACAUGUGAGGCAAUAUGAACUGCUUCAUUGAAUUUCCUGCUUGAUUUAAGGGACUGUUUCCCAGGUUUGUUCUCUGUUCAGUGCUCCAUUCCUGGAUCCUUUCUACCACUGCUGUGUAGCAUGAUUAUGAUGCUGUAUUUGAGAAACCCCCUUCUGUAUAGCUUAAAGUAACCCUGCUAAGCCUAAAGGAUAUUCAAUCCCAGUUGUGUUUUUGCUAGUGAGGUUUUAACUAAGCAGCAGGCUUGGCUAAAAAGCAUCAUAAGUGUGUGAAGUCACUUUUAACUUGCAACAGGUCGUUUAGGAUAGAAACCCCAUAGCAAAAUGAUUCUCUUUAAUCCAGGAAAUUCUCCCCUUGGGGCUUGCCUCUGAGACUCCUAUAAGUUUUAAUGGUUUUCUUAGAAACCUAAGAACUUCCUUUUCUUUCUGUUUUGGUGCUAGAGAGAAGCAGAGCAUGAUUUUCUUUUCAUCUUUUGAAAAUCUGGAAUCACUCUCAGUGUUUACGCUCUUAGUACUCCACAUGUUGUAACCUUGUAUUUUCCUUGCUUUUGUACUCUUCAGCUUGAUCCCAGGACUCCAGGAUUUAACACAACCUGGCUGUUUUGUAUCAAACCGCAUCGCUUUUCAGUUAGGCUGCUGGGCAUAUGCACCAAAGCUAUUGGAGCUGGUGCACUUAACAUGGUUGUAAAAUCUGUGUAUGAGAAUAGGAUCUGGGCUUUAGGGGGGGUUACACAAAAGAUAGCCAAAGCAAACGGGCAUGUAGUAAAUGUGAAUAUCCUCCGAGGUGGGGAUGUUUGGUUUGGGCUAUUUUGGAUCACAGUAAUUAUAUGUGGAUCAGUUAAAACACCAUUAGCAGGUCAAUAAUAGGCUUACAGUUUUAUUUUUGGGAAGGGCAUGGCAGGGAAGGAGCCCAGCUCCUCUAAUGUCUACUCCUAGUAGUUAAUGUGGCUGAAGUGAAUUCAGCAUCCCUAUGGAGUGUGCUCUAGUCAGUAUUGAGACACGGAAAUGUGCUGAUGCAUUUGAACUAGAACAACAUGACAGUGAGUAGAAACAAGUAUAAGCUGUUACUCUGGAAUUCCAUUGUGUUCCUUAUGUGUUUAUGCUGUAUUAUAUAUAUACAUAUAUCUAUAUCUGUUUAUAUAUACAUAUAUGUAUAAAAUUACACGUGGAUAGUAUCACCUUUUCCAAGGUUGUUUAUAUUUUGUUCAAUAUUAAAUUAACUUGCUUUUUGGGGUGUUUUUGUUCUUUUUCUAGAGGUAACUACCCUUCAAUGUAAAUGUAUAUGGUUUUUAAGAUGACAUUGAUCCUUUUGUUUAAAAACCAGAACAAAAAUGGCCUUCAGCAAACAGUGCUUUUUUGGGGAACUGAAGAACUGAAUGUUAUGCAAGUAAACCAGGCUAGGUUUUGAUUUAGCACAGGAUGUGAUAAGUGCUGACAUGGAAAUUUUUAAUGAUGCAUCCUUCCAUUGUUUUAAAUAUAUAUAUAUAUCAAAAAGCUAUUAAAGUACAAUGUACUGUAAGUACUCUAUUUUGCAACAUAAAUUAUGUAUUUCUUUCUAUCUUAUAGUUUUCCCUUUAUAGUAGUUAAGCACUUUCAGACUCCACAUUCUCUUACCCUGUGGAAACGCUGCAAGGACUUAUCAUCAGUGUUGCAGAGCUGCCUGCCUGUAAGUGAAGGUGUGAGAGAUGCCUUAUGAGAGAUCUGAUUUGCAGUCAACAACUGAGCUCCCAGUGACACAGGAAGAAGGGCAAAGCCAGUUGCAAUUGAGAUGCAGAGGUAGGAAACUGUUAGUGCUCAGGACCAUUGCAUCAGUAUUUUUGGGGGAGUAGCAGUCCUGCACCUUGUAUGCUGAAGUGUUGGUCUGGUACUGGACCAGAGCUGGCACAGAGAGUGGUGGCUGCUCUGAGUACCUGCUCUGAGGUUGUACUUUAUAGUCCAGGAGAUGGUAUUGUCACUGCAGAAGAGGUUUCCAGCCUGUUUUGACAUUUGAGAUUAUGCUUUGCCACUUCCUGCAUGUUAAAACCUACUUUGGUUAAUGUGAGUUUUAAGCAGAACUACUGAGAUCCUGGGGGAGCACAUGCAAGGGAGGCUGGCUGUAGAGAAAAAAAUGUGUGAGGAGGAGCCAUCCCUAUGGCUCUCACAACAGACGUUGAUGGGUCCCGUUGGAGGAUAUUCUGCCUUCAUCAGAGCUGUCCUCUAUGCCCAGGGGUAUACCUGCUCCAAGCAGGAGCAGGAUUGAGCCUUCCUUGCAUGGUGGAUAUUUGUUGCACAGAUGUCUUUGAGAUGAAUGUUUUAAUUUCAUAUAUUUUUAAGAAUAUUUAUGAACCAUGGGGAUCUGAGCAAUGAGAUACUGAACUACUUGAGUGCUGAUGCCAGCAGUUUCUUCUCAUUUGCAGUGGCUGGGUUUGUUGUGCUUGUUUCUGGUGGAAGCACAUUUAAUUCACCCUGUUUUAAUGCAGCUUCCAGCAAUUCCUCUUGAGUGUGCAAUGUGCAAAGCUGUUGGGUUUCACCCUUCAUGUUGAAGUUUUACUCCCUGCCCCCCUUUGUCUUCAAUUACUUCAUUUAUUCAGAACAAAGUAUAAUUAGUAUCUACCCAGAACUGCUUAAUUUUUAUAAACCCAAUGGAAUAAUGAGUUCAAAGCAUCAAGUAAAGCAUUGAAAAUCAACUAACUUCAUUAGAUUAGAAUGGAAAAUGCAUUCCCUGCUUACUGAUGGCAUUUGGGAAUAGGCAAUGGAAAUAACUUUGGUGUUGUAAUGCUUUAAGCCUGGAGCACUAUACAGCAGAUUAUGGAAAAGUUAAACUCUGAGCCUGGGGAUCCCAACCUUUACUUCCUACCAGGAGAAGUUUGUGCUGUGUGUUCGUGUGUGAGGCAGGCUGGUUUGCUGCUGAUGUGAGAUUCAACUUCUCAAUGAGGCAAUAAUAGAGUAUAAAUACAUGAAAUCAGCAGCCAGAUUAGGACACUGCCUUGAAUUGCCUGUUUACUUGAGUACCAGAACCCUGUAAAGACCUAUGUGCCCUUUAGGCUUCUCCAGGCCGCUCCUUUGGAAAGGGAAAAGGUCCUCGUGCAAUCUUCACUUGGAUGUUGUGCACAGGAGAAGUUCAGGUGUUUAAAUUUAGAACAUGAAGUGCCUGCUGUUUGCGUUACCAGAAUUGCAUGUCUCACUCCAGUGGGUUUAUUGGUCUCCCUCCCUCCCUCCCCUUCCUAGCUCCAUGGCUUUUAAUCAUGUAAAGUGGAGGCAUUAGUUUUGCUGCGUUUUAUUACAAAACCUUUGUUGCAAUAAAGAUGCUGCUAAAUAAA